AUGUCGAUGAUGAUGAGUAGUUCUGAGGACAAGCUGUUGAAAAAAUAUACUUCGAUGGCAGAUUUUUUGAAGUUCAAGAGAGAAGGCGAUGCAAGGAUCGGAGAGUUGCAGACGGCCAUAGUGAGCUACCGGAAUAAGUCUCCGUUGUCGUCGGAUGAGGAAUCGAAUCGUUUGCUUCAGAUGGUGCAGGUCGAUUUAGUUUCAACAAUUCAUAUGGCUGAUAAAGAAUAUUAUCAAGCCCUCCAGAAAGAACUUGAAUCCUAUGACUGCGUACUUUAUGAAAUGGUAGCUCCCAAAAAAAGUAUAGAAAGUGGAGAAAACACAAACCCUGAAGCAAGGAAGCGAGCUUCCAGAAAAACAAGUUUUAUUAGGUUCAAGAUCAAUGAAUACAUCCAAUCCUGCAUAUCUGGAAUUCUCAAGCUUGACCACCAAAUGGCCUUUCUCAAUUACCAGGCUGCAAAUUGGUACCAUGCAGAUCUUGAUGAAGAAACCUUCACCUUACGUCAGCGUGAAAGAGGAGAAAACAUGUUUUCUCUUUCAAAAGAUGCGACUUAUCGAUACUUGAAGGCGAUGAUGUUGAAGCCAAAACAUGUAGGUCUUGUCCUUCCUUUGCCACUCGUUGGCCGUGAAACCUGUGAACUCGUACGUUCAACUGGUGGAAUUAUAGGCCAAGCGUUAGCAAAACCUGAAAUAGAGGCAUUAAAGAUUGAUUUUGCUUCAGCAAUCAAGGCCUUCAUUGCAAGGAAGCUAACCAAUAAGUUCCUUGCAAAGGUGAUCUCACAAUUAGACGAGAAAUCUGUUGUGGUUGGUGUUAGGAAUCAAAUUUCAUUAUGUUAUCUGAAGAAGGCAAUUAAUGAUGGACAUAAAAGGAUUGCCAUACUUUAUGGGGCUGGUCACAUGGCUGAUCUGGGGAAGAGAUUACGGUGGCAAUUAGGGUUCGAGCCAGUGGGUCAUCCACGGUGGAUUACGGCGUGGUCAAUAGAGAAAAAGGAGAUGAACAAUACAAGUUCUUCAUCGUGUCGAGUUCUAAAGACAAUGGCUCGAGUCUUGGGUUGGCGAUUGAAUCGUUGUCAGACUUUGACAUUGCUAAUGUUUUUGUUGGUUUUAAGGUUGGAUUUUUGGCUUUUGACUUCUUACGUAUUGGAUUCUCUUUUUCAUAGAUGGCAUCCCAAUAUAGAUCAUAACAGGCCUACGCUUCUGAACAUAGAGAAAAAUCAGAGUGGACCUACAAACGGUGGCUUGAGCCAGCUGUCUAUCGAGGUUACUCAGAGCCAGCCAACUAUAAAGGUUACUCAGAGCCAGCCAACUGCAGAGAUUGCUUAUAGUAGUGAUAGUGAUCCUAGUCAAAGCCAGUCAGUGAGGAGGGGUAGGUGA